AUGGCUGAACCCGAAACUACAGAAAAGGGAAGGAACAUUGUAUGUUUUUUCUUUUUCGGCAUUUUGUCGUUCGUGUACGAUGAAAUAUGUCUGAUUUCAGCCGAGGACAUUCUCGCAGGAUCAACCGUUGCCACAACAACAGUGAUUUUAUCCAUUGCUACUCCCGUGCUCUGUAUUAAGCUGGCAGCUCCCUGGUUUCUUCAGCGCAUCUCUUAUUGGAAGAAAAUCAUGUUCGUCGUCGUAUUUCUUCUAGGAGGAUUGACGACGCUCGUCAGCUCGCAGCGCAUCUUGGGAAGACUCGCUGGAGUUAGCGUUAUAGAGUCUGGCGUGGCUACCAGUGAGAUAACGUUUCUGUCUCUCACGGCGUUCUACGAACAUAUUACAGUAAGCUCCUUUGUGGCUGGUGUAGGGUUGUCAUCUUUCAUAGGACCCCUCUACUACACAAGUAUGUAGCACAAAAAUUUAUUUUGUUUUGUUUUUUUUCUCUUAUCUAAAUUUUGUUUCCAUGAUAUGACUUGAUAGUGAUAAUUGGCUGCAGUAAAGAGUUUCGGUAGGGCUGACGUUUAGAGCGUUAGCCCUUCAUCAGAGCAAAGAGCUGACGUUCGAAAGGGCUCAGUGGCACUCGAAACGUCAGAUUUAAAUAAUGAACUCUUUACGGUGACCACUUUAAUCAUAAACUUAGUUGAUAAAACCAAAUGAUAUUGUAAUACCUCCUUCUCCAUUCUCCUACGCAACAUCACAGUUUCUUUAGAAACCUAUUUUCUUUAUAAAUUUUGUUUCAUCUCUUUUAGUAUUGUCCUCGUCUUUGUUAGUCUCAUCUGUUUUUUUAUUUUUUUAUUUUUGUUUACUUUUUCCACCUUAAUUGAAGUCACGGAAGAGAUUUCUCGUCGUGGCGUUUGUCUCGAGUUUCGCCUUUAGAGGAAAGCGCCUUUGGGGUAUGAGUAAAAAUUGCCUAUCUCUUUAGUUCAAGAAAGUUGAGUCAGUUGUUACUUGCAGAGGAGAACAUCGACUCAUAAAUGCACGUUUAGCUUCAUGCUUCAUGUGAAAGUGCUCGUUCAACAAAUGGUUAACCAUUAUUGGCAAACGCUAUUUAUGUUAUUUCAUUUCAUUGUCAGGUCUUACCACGUGGUCUUGUCUGCCACCCCGCAGUACUAUUAUGACAACCAUCCCUUGGCCCUUCCUGCUGUUACUUUUCUAUGCCCUCCUGGAUAAGGAGCCUAUCGGCAAGAAAGAGAUCAUACCAUUCAGCGAGGACCAUCCACCCGUGGAAGAUGACACAACAACUUUCUCAUUUCGUGACAGAUUAAACGUAGCCAAGGAUAUUUUCCCAUAUAUAACAUUCCUUUUUAUAACAUACUUUUCAGAGUAUCUUUCGAAUCAUGCUGUUAUAACAACUUUGGCGUUUCCAAAUGCGCCUUUCAAGCCGAGAGACCAUUAUCCAUAUUAUAUACUUUCAUAUCACGUUGGCAAGUUCAUGGGCAGGUCCCACUUUUUUUUAGUUUCCGCGAUCAAUCCUAAACUAGUUCAUUACAUCAGGGUUAGACGAACAUGGAUCUUAGCCUUGAUAGCAUCUCUGCACGGGUUGUUUUUUUUCUUGGCCUCUUGGUAUAGGUUUGUUCCACGAGUAGAAAUUAUUAUUGCUUUGUGUUUUACUGAGGGAUUUACAGCAGGAUCCAUGUAUCUUAAUUCCGCUCACACUGUUUCUGAAUUGAUAGCAGAUCAGCAGAAAAAAGAGUUUGCGUUGAGUUUGCUUACAGUUGGUAACGCUUGCGGCAAGCUGGCCGCCGGAUUGUGCGGCUUAUUUCAAGAACCGCUUCUAAAGAAGCACUGUGUUGAAGAUCUUAAACUUGGAGAAUAUUGUCUAACAAGACAUACGCGCAAAGUAGGAUGGAAUAAAAGCUUUAAUUGUUGA